AUGGCUCACCAUAAUCAAAACGAUAUUCCAUCCAUAAUUAUAGAUUCGUCGCACCAUAACACACUAUACAAGGCCUCUUUAACCACAUUAGGACUUACCUGCGCUAGUUGCGUCUCAGCAGUUGAGAGAGCUGUAAAAUUACUCCCAUCUGUUAUAACAGAAUCUGUCGUUGUCAAUUUACUUACCGGAGACACACGCUUCAAUUUUACCGAUCCAUCGCUCACCACAGUAGCUAUUUCUGAUGCUAUUACUAAUAUUGGGUAUGAAGUCGAUUCGGUCACUGUUCAACCCCAGAACAUUGAACACAAGUCAGCUACCAACGAUAUCAAGACUCCUGCGCAGAUAUCAGACGUUACUAGCACUGAAUUGCCUCCAACAACAACUCGAUUGUCUAUUACCGGCAUGUCGUGUGCUUCCUGUGUCAACACCAUACAAGACACUCUACAAAAAUUACCAGGAGUGUUGUCGGUUAAUGUCAACCUCUUGCUUAAUGAAGCAUUGAUAGAGCAUCUGUCACGUGUUACAGGACCACGCGAUCUAAUAGACGCAGUGAAUAAUGUUGGAUACGAUGCCAAAUUAAUGGUGACCCAAUCAAAUAAAAAUAUGAUACGAGAACGAGUAAUAAAACAACAAAAGUUGCUUCAAAGGAGAUUUCUUAUUUCUCUUGCUGCCGGCAUUCCUACUUUUCUUAUAGCAAUGGUCAUAAUGCUAUGGUUACCAAACGAUAAUCCAGUCAGAAUGAAGCUACAGACUCAAAUUACACCUGGACUAGACAUUGGCACUCUAAUUUUAUUUACACUGGCUACUCCCGUACAAUUCUAUCUCGGAGCUCCAUUUUACAUCAAAGCGUAUAAAUCACUGCGUUAUGCGCACGCGGCCAACAUGGAAACGCUUGUCGCCAUUGGAACGUCGGUUGCCUAUUUUGGAUCAAUCGCUAACGUCAUAAUGGCGAUGACUAACCAAAUUGACUCGGACGGAAUGCAAUUUUUCGAGACGUCUGUAUUUUUAAUUACUUUCAUAUGGCUCGGCAAAUGGAUGGAAGCAAUGGCGAAAGGAAAGACGUUGGACAGUAUUACCAAGUUAAUGGAACUACAACCAGAUAAGGCAAUCCUAGUAAAAGAGAAUAAAGUCAAUGGCGACGAAGAGAUUGAGGAAGAAGUUGAUCUAGCGUUAAUACAAGUCGGAGAUACCCUCAAAGUCAAUGCUGGAGCCAAGUUUCCCUGCGAUGGAGUAAUAAUCCGCGGCAUUACCACGAUUGACGAAUCGAUGCUUACCGGUGAACCGAUACCGAUCGCUAAAUCCAAGGGAGAGCAGGUAAUGUCAGCCACGGUCAACCUUACCUCGCCUACCUGGAUUAGAGUAACACACGUUGGAUCGGACACUACUCUUUUUAGAAUAAUUAAUCUGGUGCACCAAGCACAAGCAUCAAAAAAGGCACCGAUUGAAGUGUUGGCUGAUAAGAUAUCACAGUACUUUGUUCCGACGGUAAUAUUGAUAUCUUUGGUCGACUUUGUAAUUUGGAUAAUUCUCGGAGCUACCAACGCGAUUCCCAAGGAAUGGAUACCAGAACAUCAGAGUUAUCUAGUGUUUGCACUAUUUUUCGCCAUUUCAGUAUUAGUCAUUGCCUGUCCAUGCGCAAUGGGAUUAGCUUCUCCGACGGCCAUCAUGGUUGGUACAGGAGUCGCAGCCAGGCUGGGAAUAUUAAUCAAGGGAGGCGGAGAAGCGGUGCAAAUGGCCAGUCGCAUUAAUACCAUUGCAUUCGAUAAGACGGGUACUCUCACGUAUGGUAAACCAAAGGUGGUCAAUUCUGAAUUGUAUGUCGAUGCCAAAAAUGAAUUGAUCGAAAAAGAUAGACAGCAGCGGGAGGAAUUGCUACUACACAUUCUCGGAUCUGUCGAGUCGGCAAGUGACCACCCUCUCGCACGCGCAGUGUCACAAUAUAUACUCGCCAAAUUGCAACCGGAUGUUCAUCAAUCAGAUGCUGACGAGUCUCGAUCGUUCGCGUCAUUGACUGGUAUAACGCUCGACGCGGUAACAGAAGUACCCGGUAAGGGAUUGCAGGCUACAGUCACUGUAUCGGCACCGCAAUCGUCGAUACUUUUACCACACAAACUGUCCUCAUCAGCAAGCCAUCAACUCACAGUAUACGUUGGUAAUUACGACUGGAUUGAUUCUCUCGGCUUUGCUUAUCCGCCCGAUAUUUCCAAACAAAAAACACAAUCCACGCUCACCAAAUGGCGUCAACAGGGACAAUCAGUUGUUGUAGCAGCCAUGGACAUGAAUGCAGUCGGCAAGACGGGCACAGACACAGACGCAAAUGCAAACGCAAACAAUUCUCGUUUCAUUAUAGCUCAGUUUGGAAUAGCUGAUGUUGUUCGACCCGACUCGGUUAAUACGAUUAAUGCGCUAAAGAGUAUGGGAAUAGAUGUAUGGAUGAUUACCGGAGAUCAUCCCAUUGCGGCCAAAGAGAUUGCUAGACAAGUGGGUAUCGAUAACGUCCUUGCUCAAGUAACACCCGAGAACAAAGCGGAAAAGAUCAAAUGGCUACAGCGACGACAACAAGAUUACGCAAUGAUCAAAAACACCAAGUCUCCAAUAAAAAUGUUAAAGAAACUUCCGCAAGAAGAAGAAAAUCCCACCACCGCAUCUGUUAAUCGACCGGUCGUGGCCAUGGUCGGAGAUGGGAUAAACGAUGCACCCGCUUUGGCUCAGGCUGAUCUGGGGAUAUCGAUCGCAUCGGGCACGGACAUUGCGAUCGAGUCUUCGUCGGUUAUACUCACGCGGUCUACUCUGGCGUCGCUGAUUACAAUGAUACGGUUAUCGCAGGCGAUAAUCAAAAGAAUAAGAAUUAACUUUAUGUGGGCUUUUUUGUAUAAUAGUCUGGCUAUUCCGAUAGCUGCUGGCGUGUUUUUCCCCAUAUUUAAAAUAGGGUUACCGCCUGAAUUGGCUGGAUUGGCUAUGGUUGUUAGUUCGAUUAGUGUUAUAAUGAGUAGUCUAUUAUUGAAGAGGUUCAAAGAGAGGGAGUAA